AUGCGGAGCGCCCUGCUGCUGGCAGCCGUCCUGGCCCUCAGCCUGGCUCUCGGGGCCGUUGGUGAGGAGUCACAGGAGCAGGUGGUACCCAGUAGGGACCACAAAGAGAAGAAGUUCCCGAACAUCGAGGAGCUGCUCAAGGUGCUCACUAACCACAACUCCGUCUCCGUGGUGGAUGAACUGCUCAAGGCUCUGAGCCAGGCGAGCAAGAAUCCUAAGAAACGGUCCUUUCUCCAGAAACGCGACAUGCACGACUUCUUCGUGGGGCUCAUGGGCAAGAGGAACAGCCAGCCAGGCCCGCCUGCUGAGGGGACCCCCGAGGGCGCCCCUCGCUCCCGCCUCCCGCACCCCGCCAGCGCGGAAUGA